AUGUCGGAUGCUGAAAAGCAGAUGUAUGACGAUGUCGCUGGCGACUACGACAUCAUUUGGGCAACACCCGCAGUACGCAUUCUCUGGACGCUACUCGAUAGGAAUCUCCAAGAGCUUGGUGACUGGAAUGGUGCUCAGGUUCUCGACUUAGCUUGUGGUACGGGUAUUGGGCUUCGAGAGGCCCGAAAAUUCGGCGCAAAGGGUUUGGUUGGUAUCGAUAUCUCCAAAGAGAUGAUCGACGUCUGCAAAGCCACUACAAGGGAUGCCGACCAGUUCCAGCUUCACGUGGCCGAUUGCUCUCAGUCUCUAGACCACCUAGGUCUGCAGCCCAAGUCAUUCGACCUGGUGAUCGGAAUGUGGCUACUCAACUAUGCUGAAUCAGCCGCACAAUUGGAGGGAUUCUGGUCAAAUAUUGCAAAGUACCUCAAACCAAAUGGAACCUUCCUUGGCAUAAUUCAAAAUCAGGAGAAAUUUCAGCCAGAGUCGAUGAAGACGCUCAAGUAUGGUGCUCGAGAAAGCAAUAUCCAGCCCCUACCUUCUGGAGACGGUGUGAAGAUGCAUGUGGAGUUUGAUACAGUGCCUAAGGUUGAGUUUGAUACAUAUGUGUUGAAGAAGGAAAUCUUCGAAGGAGCAGCGGCGAAUGUGGGAUUGAAGAUAUUGAAAUAUGUAAAACCCGACAAGACAAUUCUGACAGCCGAGGAGCAAGAAGACAUUGACUGGUGGCAGGAGCUCCUUGAUGAGUAUCCUAAUCAACUUGUCAUAGCAACCGCGGCUUGA